AUGACAACCCGAGAAGGUAAUGCAGACUCUCUUGAUCCCCGUGACUCGACGGAGAAACUCGCAGCGCUCAAGCAGCAAAUGCUGAGUGUUAUGGAACGCACCUUUAAGAACCGGUACCUCCAGCCGGACAAGCUGACUCUGGUGUCACUUAAACUCGUGCAGAAUUUGGCGGACCAUUCGUCUGAACAACGGGGUCACAUCAUCGCCUUCUUCCGAGCGCUCGCUUUGUGUCACACAGUCCUUUCCGACAAACCCGAGCCCCAGGAGUUACCGUAUCACUUGGAUUAUAAGGCUGAAUCGCCGGACGCGGCCGCGCGAGACAUUGGGUUCCCCUUUGUCAAGAAAUCGAAGGAUACUUUUGACACAGAAGUCAUGGGCCAGUCGGAGAAGUACACGCUUUUAAAGGUCCUCGAGUUCAACAGCACGAGGAAACGAAUGAGUACGGUUUUCCGAUGUCCAGAUGGACGGUUGAUCCUUUACUGCAAGGGGGCGGAUGGUGUUAUUUACGCACGCCUUGCACAAGACCAUGACCCCGUGCUGAAAGAACAGACGAGCAAGGACAUGGAGAUGUUUGCUAACAAUGGACUCCGGACGUUGUGUAUCACAUACCGCUGGCUCACCGAGGAGGAGUAUUUGACAUGGUCUAGAAAGUAUGACGCUGCCACUAGUGUCAUUGAAAACCGGGACGAGGAGAUUGAUAAAGCGAACGAACCUAUCGAGCACUCGCUGCAAAUACUUGGAGCUACCGCUCUGGAAGAUAAGUUACAAGGUGUCCCAGAGGCCACCGAGGCCUUUCAUCGCACCGGGAUCAAGCUGUGGAUUCUGACAGGUAAGGACGUGAAGAUAAUUGGUGCGGGGAAGGAUGCACCAGCGUACAAGUUGGCGUUCGCCGGCUCAAUGGGUGUGGACAUUAAAUUAUUCGUGGACAGUUGCAGACCCCUUGCGUCGUUCUAUCUGGUGGUAUUGCUGGUUUCGUUGGGAAUCCUGGAGAUCGUCAUGGUGCGUCUCCAGGGAGAUUUCGCGAAACCACUGGAGAAGAGAUUCAACUACAAGAACUGCAUCGAUGCACUGUUUAGGAUGGUCCGUGAAGAGGGUGUUUCUCUUGGUCGUGGAGUGGGGCCCAACAUGUUCCGUUCCAUUCCAAUGAACGCCAGUCAGCUCGCUUCAUAUGAUUUCUUCAAGGCUGAGCUCUUGAAGACUCCGUAUUCCACGACAACAUUCUUCGCCAUUUCAUGGCGAGCUUUGCUAGUCUCAUCAUGAACGCAUCAGGACCAGGAUCGAAUUCUACUCUUGGUGUCAUCAAGGGUCCAAUGUUCAUGUUCAAGGGCUUGUUGCCAGCUUGGACUCGUCUGCAACCGACGAUGAUCCUCAUCUUCUUAACAUUGGAACAGUUGAAGAACGGGGUUGAUUUCUCGAGAAGCAGGGGGUAUACCUUCUUGUGAGGUUCGAUAGAUGUGAAGUGUGCUACUAAUAUUAGCGAUGUAUACCAGAGUGGACAUGAAUCUUGUGAAUUUCGAU